AUGCAUGAAACUCAUUAUGAAGAGGCAAAAAAAAUCCAUGAUCAAAAAAACAAACAAGUUUGUAAAUCUGAAGAACUUUUACAAACUUUGUCAACUGGUGUUUCUGCUCAAGAAGGUCAGGAAAAUGGGUAUAUGGAACAACUUCAAGAGGUUAAAAGUAAUUCAACUCAGGCACUAACUGAAAUUGAACAAGCCAAAUUAAAAAUUCCUCAUCUUAAAAAAGAGUUAAAAGAAAAAGAACCAUUAGCUACCAAAGCUGCAAGAGAUAGUACAGGUAUUUUAUCUGAUUUAGAGUCUUCAAGAUUGGAAGCACAACAGUUACAAAUAGCUUUAUCACUAAUUGAUUGGAAUGCAAGUAGAGAAGAAGAUUUAUUGCAUGAAAAGUCCUUUGAAGAAUCCAAGAUACAAGAACUAACAGAUAAAUAUGAAUAUAUUUCCAGUCAAUUAGGAAAUACUCAGUUUACUUAUAAAGACCCUACAUCAAAUUUUAAUAGAAAUAAAGUUAAAGGAUUAGUUGUUGAAUUGAUUACUUUAGAUUCAAAAUAUGCUGAAUGUUCAACCACUUUAGAAAUUUGUGCUGGUGGAAGAUUAUAUAAUGUACAACAAUAUUUAUUUAUUUAUUGUCAUAUAGAUAGUGAAAGAGGUCAACUUAAAAGAUGUGUGACUAUCAUUCCACUAAACCAAAUCCAAGUAUCUAAAAUGUCAUCUGAGAAACUUGCAGUUUCUAAACAAAUUUCUCCAGACAAAGUAGAUUUGGCAUUAAACUUGAUAUGUUAUGCUAAUGAAGUAAAAGCAGCGAUGGAAUAUGUUUUUGGCAAUACAUUGAUUUGCAUGGAUGCUGAAACAGCAAAAUGA